AUGGGGGAACCCUACUGGAGAUACGGCGGAGGCGGUUCUGCUGCUCAUCCUCCUCCUCCUCUUCCAUCAUCUGCUGACAGAGGAAGCAUCCAUUUACCAAGAUUUCCUGGCUACUUAUCAUCUGAAGCAGCUAUAUUACCAACUCGUAACCCAUAUAGCUCCAAUGGUUUGCAGGGUAGUUUUUCAGAUUUUACUCAGAAAGAUAUAUUACCAUCUCGUCCUGGGGCUUAUGGUGUAGAUGAUACUGCUGGCGUUCGUCAUGAAUCUGGUCUUAAUGGAUCAUUUACUGGAACAAGCAUUAAACCUUACCUGUCUUUGGAAGAUCCAAAUUUACUAGGUCAUCCUCGAGUUGCUGCUCCACACAUUAGUCCUGGCAUCCCUGAUGCGACUUUUGAAAGGCCCAAUUCUGUGAUAAGGGUUGAGAGCAAUCAAGACCCAGCAGGAGAAUCGAACAUUCUGUUUGUUGACGGGCUUCCUAAUGACUGUACAAGAAGAGAAAUAGGUCAUCUUUUUCGCCCAUUCAUUGGGUUUAGAGAACUGAGAGUUGUUCAUAAGGAGCCUAGACGCACCGGAGACAAAGCUAUGGUCUUGUGCUUUGUUGAGUUUUCUGAUGCCAAAUGCGCUCUUACUGCCAAGGAAGCACUUCAAGGCUACAAGUUUGAUGACAAGAAAGCCGAGUCCCCUGUCCUGAGGAUCUCUUUUGCUCACUUUCCCUUUAGCCUGCCCUCUGACCUGGACAGGCAAUAA